AUGAAAGGAUGGUUGUUUAAUGGGGGAGUGAGGAAAGGCCUUUCUCGUCGGGCGCCAGAGUGGCUCCUGGGCGAUCGCUGGUCGUUCGGCUGGGCUGGGGGGGCCGGAGGGCGGAGAGAGGCGACGAAAGGGGAUUUUCAGGCACGCCGCUCCACGAAGCCUUUUACACGAAGUCCGGCAGCGGUUCCGUCAGUAUCUAUCGUUGGGGGCCGCCGUGUCGUGAUGCUGGAUUAUCGUAGUAAAGGAAGGGGGAAAAACGAUAUGCGUCUCGUCGGUGAAGUUCGUUUUUUCGCUGGGGAAAGUUGA